AUGGGUCUGCUACGAGAGAAAAAGCCACACUCGUUCAAGGUCGUCAUCGCUGGGGGCAGCGUGGCUGGCCUUGCGAUGGCGAACAUCCUCGAAGCAUACAACAUCGACUAUGUCCUCCUAGAGGCCUACCCGCACAUUGCCCCGCAAGUUGGAGCGAGCAUUGGCUUGCUACCUCAUGGCAAUAGGAUCCUCGAUCAGCUCGGCUUGUUCAAGCCUAUUCUCGAUACGGCCCCGCCUAUCGACAGCUUCACCUUCCGCACGAGGAAGGGAGAUGUCGUUGCAACCCACAAAGGCAUCUGCAACACUUUUGUGGAGAGACACGGCUAUCCCAUCAUCUUCCUGGAUAGGCAAAUGGUGUUGCAGAAGCUCUUUGACAAUCUCCCCGACAAAUCCAAGGUCCUCACGGAGCAUCGGGUAAAGCACGUCGAGACCAACGCGGAUGGCGUCAAAGUUACUUGCACGAAUGGCCAGACCCUCGCUGGAGAUAUCCUGGUGGGUGCAGAUGGCAUACACGGCGCCGUUCGUUCGGAGAUGUGGCGUCUCGCGCAGGAGGCAAACUCGGACGUCUUCCCGACCGACGAGGGCAAGCGCGUUCCUUGCGAUUAUGGCUGCAUCUUUGGCAUCUCCGGGCCUUGCAAAGGUAUCGGACCUGGCAUGCUCAACUCCGUCUUCCGCGAGAAAGACUCCUUCCUGGUGAACGGCGGCCCGGAGCAUCGCGUCUAUUGGUUCUACUUCUUCAAGUUGCCAGAGAAGCUUUAUGGCGCGGAUAUCCCACGUUUCUCCAAAGAGGACGAGGCGAAGCUGCUUGAGAAGCUCCGAGGGGAAAACAUCCUUCCCACACUCAAGUUCGGUGAACUUGUCGACAAGACCAUCACGUCCAACAUGACGGCGUUGCCUGAGUACAUUUACAGCAGGUGGUACUACGAACGCAUUCUCACCAUCGGUGACGCGUCACACAAGGUCCAUCCAAUCGGCGGCCAUGGUGGGAACGCAGCGAUUGAGAGCGCUGCCACACUGGCGAACAUCCUGCUCAAGAGGCUCGACAAGUCCGAGUCAGGCAAGCUGGCGACAGCGGAUGUUGAGGACAUCUUUCGCCAGGUCCAAAAUAUCCGCCGCGACCGGAUGCAGCAUUUGUGCGAGUUCUCGCACGAUCAACAGCGCACGGAGUCCCUCGACAAUUCGUUCCAUAAACUCAAGGCCCUGACUUUGCUCCCAUUGGCAGACGCGGAAGACGCGACGUACAACUUCUCGUGCAACAUCCCGCUGGCCGAGAAGCUGGAUGCGAUCCAAGUGGCUCGCAAGCCGAAGUUGAUCCCAUUCAAGAACGAACUCAGAUCAGCCCCUACAUCCAGAGGCGCCGUCGGGUGGGUUCUGAUCGCAUUCUACCUCAGCUGUGGCGCCUUCGUGCACUACGGCAUGUGGGUUUGGUCCAGCCAUUACGGGCUGCGGAGUCAGUUUGCCGACAUCCUCACCACCGGCAUUUUCCCGCAAGACCCGACCUUUCGCUUGAAGCGCACCUAUACCGGCAUUGGAUGGAUUGACAACUACCUCACCUUCCUCUCCGCUGCGUACAUGACCGGCCUCAACGACUGGGACAAGAACUUUGGCAUGCUGCAAAUGUAUUUCCUCGGCAUGCUUAUCCAGCCGAUUGCGGUUUGGACGAUCGAGGCCUGUCGUAAGCGGCAUGCGAUGACGCCCAUGGCCAUGAUCAUCGUGUGGUUCACCUUUGUCCAAUGGGCCGGCGUUGGCAUCUAUAUGCCGAUCUACUAUGCAGUCUUCACCUUGCUCUCGGACAAGGAGCCAUAUUGGUGGCCGUUGAACCGCGAGGUCCCCAUUGCGUCCGCACACGCCCUCUUGCCCGCAAACAUCAUUGGCUACGUUAUCCCCACAAUCCUGAUGUUUGUGCCUUGGAAGAAUGCAGAGGCCACGCAGAUAUUCGAGGCCUUGUGGCAGCCGGCUCCCAUGUUUGUGCCCUUGCUCACGGUCUUGUUCGCCCUCGCUUGGAGCCGCAGAAACCCAGAUCAGAUGGCUGCCGGCCCGAAGCAGGCAACGAAGCCAUACGCGGACGUGCCGCUUCUGAAGCGAAUCUACCUCAUCACCGGCGCCAUGGGCUUCGUACUGCACUUGUAUGUGGUCUGCAAGCUUCUGGCCUCCAGCGAUCCCACAUUCAACCUGCGCACCGUCUUCAUCCCGGACUUCACGCCACAACCCAAAGCGCUAGGAGAAGGCCUCCGUGCAUUGUUCAUGGCGGAUUUCUGGGGCUUCUACAUCGCAUCCUAUGUUUGGUGUUGCGCUGCCGUUUGGGACUUGAAGCGCGUCGGUCGCACAACGGUGAAUGUAGGCAAGAGCAGUGCAGCCGUUUUGCUGGCCAACAUCGUGCUGGGGCCCGGUUGUGCCAUGUCGGCGGUUUGGUAUUGGCGCGAAGAUGCAAUGGCCAAGACCACGUUUGAUGAUAUUGAAGUACAGAGCUGA